CAGAUAGAAGUCUUCAAAGUUUGGCCACACUGAACAUCAUUUGAACUAGUUCAAGAUAUUGACAACACUGCUCUAUGUGAAAAAAAUAUUUGUAGGCGUUGCAUCUCAAGUUUCCCGUCACAUCAUUAAGUUUGUAGAGAGCUAUGCACAGAGCUGGUAAAAUGGUGAUCAAGAAAUUUUUCCGAGAGAUAUCUAGAGCACCUGUCAUUUUCUCCGCACCUGCAAAACUUCUCAUUUUCGGGAGAAGCUUCUCCUUACUGUCAUCGCAAAAGGAUCAAGCUCUAGAAUUGUCUCUCACUCGGAGGCGCAGAUGGAUUGUCAACAACCAGAUCAAGAAUAUCAUUCUCCGAUACCCUAACCAGGUUGUACCAACUUGGUUUCUCCAAAAGAAGUUUAAGACUCUCGACCUUCAAGGUAAGGCUCUCAAUUGGGUUAAGAAGUACCCAUGUUGCUUUGAAGUGUAUCUAGAAAAUGGUGAUUACUAUUGUAGAUUAACAAAACAAAUGAUGUCUCUUGUGGAUGAGGAAUCUGUUCAGGAUGAGCAGGAACCAGUCAUUGUUGAACGGCUAGCUAAGUUAUUGUUGAUGAGCUCCAAUAGGAAGCUAAAUGUUCUGAAACUUAAUGAAUUAAAGAGGAAUUUUGGGUUUCCUGAUGAUUUUUUGGUUCGGAUUUUACCCAAGUACCCAGAAAUGUUUCGACUUGUUAAUUAUAGUGGAAGACAGAGUUCAAUGGAGAUAGAACUUGUUUCCUGGGACCCUGCUUUAGCAGUUUCUGUGAUAGAAACUUUAGCCAAGGAAAGGAAAAGUGAGCCUUCUUUUACUUGCUCUUUGCCUUUGAGUUGGGUCAAAACUUGGGUGAAGUUUCACGAAUUUAAUGCAACUCCAUAUAUUUCACCUUAUUAUAUGAAUGUUAGGGAUUUCAUGGAGGGAUCACAUGAGAUGGAGAAAAGGGCAGUAGGUUUGGUGCACGAGCUGCUUUCAUUGAUGCUGUGGAAGAAAGCGUCUAUUAUGAAAUUGGCUCAUUUUAGAAGAGAGUUUAAGUUGCCUGAGAACCUAAAUGUUAUACUGCUUAAACAUCCUGGAAUUUUUUAUGUUUCCAAUAAGUAUCAGAGUUACACCGUUCUUCUUAGAGAAGGAUAUAAUGGUUCAGAACUGAUGAAUAAGGAUCCACUUGUCAUUGUGAAAGAGAAAUUUGGUGACCUGAUGCAGGAAGGUCUUCAUGAAUUUAAUCGGAGGCACCAUGCAGUAAAUUUGGAAAAGAAAAAGAUUAAAGAUAUGGUUUUGCUAAGAUCAAGUAAUAAUGGGAGUAGAGGUACUGCUAAAGCGUCUGAACAGGAUGAUCCAAUAGGAAAGCAAGGAACCCUGUAUGAUCCAAAAGAAAGGGAGAGGUUCUAUAAAGAUCUCUUUGAGGACGAUGAGACUCCACCGUGACAGUAAAUUAGCUUGACCUCAAAGCAAAAGAAUGAUGUAAUUACUGUUUGGCUUACAUGAUUGCUUGGUGAUUCAGUGGAGGCGGCCUGGUGUGUAAGUUACCAACUCUUAAUUUGCAAUAAAAUUUGGUUACUAGGAAGAGUUGACUCUAAAAUUGUGGGUUAGCUACAAGGCUUCUAGCCGGGGGCUUAAAUUGUGAAGGACUUAAGCUGUAAGUAAGCGGAGCUUCACUUGACUUAUGAGAAAUUGAACAAAACCGCUUACCCUUGAGCUCGUUGUCUUCUUUCUCCUUUUGUGGGUACAAAAUACUUGAGAUUAGGAAUAAAGACGAACUUAACCAAAUUAUGAUAAAGAAAAUGAUGUUUAAAGAUUAUCUUCUUUACAGUUUGAAAUUGUAUGUUUUCUCACUAGUUUUGCAUAUUU